AUAAGCAAAAUCAACAGUGUUUUAAAAGGACUGGAUGAUUGGUGAUAUUACCCAGGAUUGUGCACCACAUUGUCCAAUGGGAUAAUUCAGUUUUCAGACUUUGGAAUUUAAUCAACAUUAUUCAUACAUCUUGUGGUUUAUUUGAAAAUAAUCCUGGUUUAAUUAUAUAAAUGUGGUUGUAGUCACAGCUACAGAAAUGUAAAUUGAAUGGAAAUAACCUAUUUUUUUUAGAAAGGGAAAUUUUAACAAUUUUCAGUUAUGUGCUUGUGUUUGAACAAUAAAGAUACUUUUACAAGUUGAGAUAUUACCCAAUAUUGGGUUUAAAGUAAGCCAAAUAGGACCAGAAAUUUCAGGAUACAAUAUGUUCUGCUGAUUUUUGCAAAACAUUAAAUUUAGUGCUUGCAACUGAACUUGGCAAUCGUGCUUAUGGAUCAAAAAAGCCAGUCUGUCUCUGUGUCUGGUAUGUGAAGCGUCCUUACAACAUUAAUUAGACCAAUCAACAUUGACGUGACAAUAUGGGCGGAGCUGUGAGCACGGGCAGUGACAAUGAUGAUCUAGUUGAUAAUCUUGUUGAAGCAGACUAUAUAAAAACUCCAUUGGUGGAGAAAGUUUUCCGUGCAGUGGAUCGUGCAGACUAUUAUCUACCUGAUCAACGCGAGUCGGCGUACAAAGAUUUAGCAUGGAAACAUGAACAUCUGCACAUGUCAGCACCAUGUAUAUACUCUGAGGUUAUGGAGGCACUGCAGCUUGAACCCAGCUUAUCUUUUCUAAACCUCGGUAGUGGCACCGGCUAUCUCAGCACGAUGGUUGGGCUUAUAUUAGGACCGUACGGUGUGAAUCACGGCAUCGAGCAGCACGAUGAUGUUGUGCAGUACGCUCGGGAGAGACUUGCCGAGUUCAAGCACAACAGCUCUGCUUUUGACGAAUUUGAUUUCUGCGAGCCAAAGUUCAUUGUCGGAAACUGUCUACAGUUGAACUCGGGAUGUCAGCUGUAUGAUCGAGUUUACGUCGGUGCUGGUUGUCCACCGGAGCAUGAGAACUAUAUGAAAAACAUGUUAAAGAUAGGAGGCGUGCUUGUUAUGCCAUUAAAUGAUCGGCUGAUUCAAGCUAAAAGAGUAAGUGAGACGGAGUGGGAUAUAAAGAACAAAUUACCUGUGUCAUUUGCUACACUUGUGUCACCAGGACCUGAUGCUCCACCAGACUUGUUUGACCUCCCUGAACCUGAGCAACCUACACUGCAGGAAUUAUGCCGGACGUCGGUGAGGCGAGUGUUACGUACAAACAUACACAGAGAACAUCCUGAAUUGACCAAAGUUCGUAAACGCCCUAAAAAGCCAAAGAAGAAGACACCAAAAGGACUUUCCAACUUGAAUAUAGUUCCGUUAAGUAUGGGAAUGAUGAUUCUUCAUCAGUUUGACAGAGACAACAGUGUUACAGACAGUGACGAGGAACCUGGCAGGAGAGACGAGGAAAAUGAAACUGACGAUAAUGUAAUGGAUGGUGUAGAAGAUAGUAACGAUGGUAUUGAGGGGAAAUUUUCUACUGAUGAAGAGGAGAAAGAAGAUGAGGAAGUGCUUGAAAAUAAAAAGGCUGCAGACAACAACGUCAGCAAAAACCAUGAACGGCAAGAAGUGGUAGAGAAAGGAAAUGGAUUGAAAGGUAAUGGUAUUGAAAAGGUCUCUGAAAAGCAAAAUGAUAAGGAUAGUGAUUUGGAAAGUGACUAUGGUAGUGAUGAAGAAGAGAAAAUAAAUGAAGCUAUAGACUCUGUAGCUGAAGUUAAUGCUUCAACAGAUGGUGUUAAGAAAAGAGUGGCACAGACGACAUCAAAAAUUGAUGAAAUUAUUGCAAAUGUAAUGGCCUCAUGCAGCCCAGAGAGAAGUAAGGACCCUCUUCAGAAUCUGGCUCCUCCAGAUGCUCACUGGUCAGACACAGAUGAGGAUGAUGGUGAUGAUGAUAAGAAGUAUAACAUUGAGGAGUUUAUAAAAUAUGGUGCACGAGGGAAGAAUUUGGAACCUCCACGGAAGAGUCGAUAUUCAUCCAGUACAAGUGUCGAUACGUCAACAACUUCAGGGAUUGGUUCUUUUGUUGAAGAACAUCUUGAAGAGGAAAUGGGUCAAUGUGAUAGUGAGAAAACAUCGCCCGGCUGGAACCAGCUGGAACCAGAAGCCGGAUGUUCCGAAAAUAAGCCACAAAAAAUGGAUGUUGAAGAAACUGAGAGUGAGGAUGAGAAAAAUUCCGACGGAGAAGAUGUUUUAAAAAUAACUCUGUCUAUGUGUAUGAAGGAGGCCAUAGACUCACUUCCCCUGCCUUCUGCCAUGAAGUCCUAUCUCAGAUAUUACCGAGAAUGAAAUGCAGGAAAUUAUACAAACAUGUGCUUAUGACACAAACUUUAUGUAAAUAAAAAAAGAGUUUUAACUCUUAUUUUGCCAAAUUUAGGGAUGGCAAUUAUUACAGUUUUGAUUAAAUAUAGAACUUUUGAAUCUGAUAUGCAUUUUAUUACAGUGAGAUUUAAGCUAGUUACUUCUGAGUUUCUCAGCUUAAUGAAAGGUUUUAUUCAUUGAAUAUUUUUUGUUUGCUUAUAUUUACAGGAUUUUGAGUUGUUCUGAUUGAUUUCUUGAACUUUACUUAUGCUAAGUCAUGUUGUACUACAUCUUUCACACAGAUCAGAAUUCUUUGCUGCUACCUAUUUUCAUCAGCCAUUUUGAGUGAAAUUCAAGAAAAGUCUGUUUUUAUGAGUAGGCAGAAUUUAAGACCAAGUCUGGAUUAGUCAAUCUUUAUCAUGUUGUCAUGGUAAGACUUUGGAAAUUGAUGUUUUUUUCUACUUUGAAUGAAAUGUAGAUUUUAAAUAUGUUUACUUUUCAACUCUUUGCGGCCAUCUUAUUGAAUAUAUGAUCAAAUACUGAAAGACAACAGAACAUUUUGAUAGAAACAAUUUAAAGUGAUAUGAUUCUUCUCAGGGUUGACAUGGAACGUCCCUGGGUUUGGCAAAAUAAUGGAAUGCAUGUGAUGCAGUUAAAAUGCACCUUGGAAAAUUGUGAUAUGAAUAUUGUAUUAUAACCUGGGCUGUAGAUUAUAAACUUGAAUUUGGAAACCAGUCUCAAAACUUCAGCAUCUGAUUGGCUGAUUCUGAAAUUUCUUGAAAUUGACCAAUGGAAAUGUAGGAUUUGUAGACUGGUCUCCUAAUUUAGUUUUAUAACCCUAGAGUCUCCUUUUGAUUACUGUUGAUCAUCAAUGGAAUGGAUAUAAUUCUGUUUGAAAAUGUAUGCUUGUACAGUAUUCCGAAACAUGUCCAAAUUUUCUAUGUAAACAUUGAUGUUGCAUAGAUAUUGAAGAUACAUGCAGUAUUUAUCAUUUAAUAAUGUAAAUGCUGAAAAACAAGGAAUCAGAGAGAAUAUAAUAUAGAAUUGAUAUAAUGCCUGCUGUAAUACCGUUUCAUCCUGCUUGCAGGCCAAUGCCAGAGUGAAUCAACUUAUCCUCUUUUUAUCUCCAUAGUGAUGAUUUCCAUGCACUUGUUGCUUUGGUGAUAAGUAGGUAAAAUGCUUGUUGAUAUAUGUGUAGUCUAUAAAGUGUCUAAUUUUCCUGUAUAAUAGUCAUUUUGGCUUGUAAUAUAUUGAAAGUAGAAACAUGUUUCCACAGAAUUCUAGAUUUUUGAUGUUCAUAAUAUUAUUGAUACCAUUACACAUUUACAACCUGAACAACAUAAAUCCAUGUUGCUAAUUUUUUUACCAUUUCUUAUAAUGUCAAUAAAAAAUUAAAUACCUCCCUUAUAAUGUUAUUUUUACAAAGAACAUUUUUAAAAAGUGUUGAUCCCUAUUUCAAACUGUCAUUGUCAGAUUAUCUCUCUGUGUAUCUGUUGAACAAAAAAGGUGGCAGUCUUACAAACAAUAUUGAUGAAAAGAGAGAAAAAGUACAAAAUAAAAGUUGCACAAAACAUGAACUAUUUUACAGUCAUUAAAAUGACAUGUGAUAUUCAAAAUUGUUUAUGAUUUAUGUAUAUUUUUUUUCAAAUGUGAUUCUCAUGUGCAAUUGAUUGAAGACACGGCAUAGACAUGUGUCUCUUUGUGAUCAGUUAGGUGCCGGGAACCAAAAAGAUGUAACAUACAAUAUCAUUUCCUGAAAUACCAAAUAAGGCAGCUUGAAUUACACUGUGUUUAGUAUAAUACACUCCAAGCAGUACAUUCAGUGGGUCCAGUUUUUGGAUUCAUUUAUAGAUGGCUAGCGUUAAAUUCCCAGUAAAGACUAAAAGUUUUACAUUUAUCUGUAACCAGUAUUUGAUGAUAGGAAGUUAUCAGUUACAUGUUUAUGUUAUGGCCGAAGGAUGCCAAAAUAGCGCUAGAGAUAUACAUAAUGGUACAUAAAUUACCGAAUUACACUGUGAUUAAAAAUUUAACAAUUUCGUGUAAUAACGUAUUCUUGUAGGCUGUUUCAUCAUUCUUUGGCUGUUCAUUACCAGUUACAUGUUUAUGUUAUGGCCGAAGUAUGCCAGAAUAGCAUUUGAGAAUACGUCAUCGUGCAGAAAUUACCAACUGACUAAGGUUUUAGUGACUCCUGUUUGUUACAUCUUUAUGGUUUGAAUGCAUCAAUCAAAAUAAUGACAUGCCAUUAAAUAAAGGAGAAUUCCAAUUCUGUGACAUGUACGAAUAUUUCAUGAAAAAUAUACACAUUUUGAUACCAGUUUCAAUGCUGCGUGUCAGUCAGUCAGUCAGUCUGUCAGUUCGAUAAAAACAACAUGGAUAAAACCUGGUCUAAAAAUUCUUCAUUUUUUUUCCCCAGUAGAACUUUGUACUUUUUAGCCAUUAGAAGUUUGUACCAACAUUCAAAGAAAUGCGUUCCCUUUGUUAAAUGGUUUGUUUCAUUGUUUGUAAAUUAUGUAAUUUAUUCAUGAUGUUUGUAAAUAAAUAUAAUAAAUUGAUAUAUUAUAUUGAAUUAAUUAAUAUUGUUGAUCAUGUAAAUUAUGAGAAUUUAGUGAAUUGUUCCUGGACCAACACAGCUGUAUUCUUUAAUAGAAGGCAGUUUCUGUUUCUCGGCUGAUAAUAUACAUGUAUAUAAUUAGCUUAUGCACAGAUCAUAUUGUUAUUUUUUUCUUGUCAGUACAACUGAAUGUUGAUGUUUGGCGAGCAUUUAUGAAAUAUUUAUUCCAUCUUGUGUCAUUCUUCAGUGUUGGUCAGCCAAAGAUUUUCUUACAAACUGUCACUUGUUGGAAGUAAAACUUGAAAAGAACUACUUGCGCUCACUAACAGAAUGUGCUGAAUUUUGUGGUCUAAAACCUCAUCAGUCUGUGUAGAUAUAUAUAUAUAUGCCAUAACUGGACAUUACACGCUUUUUUCAUACUGAAAUCAAACAGUAAUUCAUGCCAGAUUUAUGUUGAGCUUAUUUAUUUUUUCAGCAUCUGGACAUGGCUUAAACUCGUCAAUGUUUUAAAUGUGAACUUACACUCAGACUUUGAAAUGCUAAAUUCAUUAGCUUGGGUAUUGUUGAAUAAACAGGUAUUGUAAUUGAAAUUAACACGAAUGUUCAUUCUGUACUAGGCUAAAAACAGUUCAACAUAAUUAUUUGCCAUUCAGAAGUUUCAGACUGAAAUCUUACAUAAUUAUGAGCAGAUAAGUGCAUACAGAGUUACUGUCUACCAGUUAUAGGUAAAUAAUGUUUGUGUAACAAGUUUAGUUAGUUAAUUUUAUUUCAAAGCACUUUGUUCCGAUACCUAUGCUUGCUUUUCAAGAGCUGUUAAAUUGAUUGGGUUUUUUUUACAGUAGAACGUUUUUGUUUCUUUCAAAUAUUUGUGUUUGUUUCAAGCAUUUUGACAGCCACACAAUUUUUGCUUUUUUGAAUUUACCCAGUACAGGUGUUUCUAGUUGGCUACACAUUCAGUACGAUGAUAUUUAGUGCUAUUUAUAUUGUAUAUUGCAUUUAUGUUUUCGUUAAGUGAAUACUUACAUUUAACUUACAUUUCAAUAAAAUUAGACACGUUUUUUAUAUUGAUCAAACCUUUGGAUUAAAAAGAAAAAGGGGGAGCUUUCAUCACCCUUUCUUUUGUUCUUAAAUAGUUUUUCUAUAUAAUAUAAUGAAAGAAAAACAAGAAUGAUUUUUAACAUAUUUUAAUCUUGAAAUAUGACACAAAAUCAUAGAUGCUUAAGUUUCAGCAAAGUAUGAAAUAAAAGUUAAUUAACCUGUAUUGUAAAGUGGUUCUUACCUGAUCUCAAUGCCUGCUUUGCCAAUCUUUGUAAAAUGUUAUGUUGCAACUGCGGGGCUUAUAGGUUUAUUUAUUUUGAGUCUCAUUUUUGCCAAGAUCAAAUAGUUAAAAGAAAUGCAAAGUAAAUCAUGGAUAUUGCUACACAGCUAUAAGUAAAUUCAGCAUUUUGGUUCCUGUCUAAAGUAGAAGAAAUAUUUUGUAACUUACUACCUAUUUUGCAGACUUACAAAAUAUGUAAAUAGUUUCUACCAGUUAGCCACAAGUUCUUUGUUAUAUCACAUUGUUUUGCUUAAUAAAUUGGUUCUAUCAUA